AUGCCUAGUAACUGCAACUAUACUUCUGAAUCUGACUUGUUGGAGCCUUCUACCGAUGCAACCUCAACUCCGAACACUCCUGAACCUGUGGAUGUGUAUGAAUCCUCCAAACCCAAAAUCUCCAGCGAAGACUAUGAAUCAACCUCGGAAAGAGGGGUUAUCACUCAUGACGAUGUUACCAUCUUGGGCGAUAGUGAACCUGAAGUCAUAUCUUCAGGUUUAGUCAAUGUUGAACCACGUCACGACACCGACUCUUCCAAAACUGCUGAAUCUGAAAACUCUGGUGACUCUGCCUCCGACGUUACUGGACCACACAACACAUCAUACUCUACCAAUAGUGGGCCUGAAUUCCCUUUGACUAUGCUACGAUAUGACCUGAAGAAGCGCAGUGCGGCUUUUCUUUACCGCUUCACUCCUCUGGAUGAUGGAGACCACUUACCAUUCUCACCUUACGAUCCAAUUGGCCUCAACAACAUGAAACAAUCCUUUGUUAUUCUAUAA